GUGCCAAGCCUUCUCACUCCCUGGCAUCAUGGGCACCUGGGCCUUCCUCGCCGCCCUUUUCCUUCUCUGCCUGACUUCUGAGAGCCUACAAGGCGGCUUUGGGAGCCCAAAUGGCUACCGACAAGGCUUCGGCACCUCCGGUGGGCUAGGAGCAGGAUUUGGGAAGGGGAACCAGCGAAGAUCCCAGCCAGGCCCUCCAGCUCAGAAUGGCUAUGGAGCAGGCACUGGAGGGAGUGUGAAACCUCAGAGGCCAGGGUAUGGAAACAGAUAUAGGCUGGGAGCAGGACCCAUUCCAGGUGCUGCAGCCCAGCCAGGCUUUGGAGCGGGUAGGAAGCCCCAGAAGCCAGGAUAUGGAACUAGGAUGGCAGCUGGAGCCUUCCCAGGGGUGGGAGCCCUGCCUGGUCUGGGAGGAGGCAUGAAGUCUCAGAAAUCAGGAUUUGCCAAUGGAAAUGCCCUGGGGGCCCAGCCAGGUUCUGCAGUUCUGAGUGGCUUUGGAGCAGGCUUUGGAUGGGGUGGAAAACUCCAGAAGCCAGAAUUGGGGGUCAGGAAUGGACUGGGAGCUGUGGCCUUCCCAGGAGCUGGAGCCCAGCCAGGACCUGUAGCUCAAAAUGGUUACGGACCAGGAUAUGGAGGAGGCAUGAAGGCCCAGAAGUCAGGCCUGACAGCCCAGAACAGAUUCGCAACAGGCUUUGGAGGGGUCAUGAAGCCCCAGAAGCCAGGUUAUAGCAAUAGAAACGGAAUGGGAGCUGGCCUAGGCCCUGCAGCUCCAAAUGGCCAUGGACCAGGCUAUGGAGGGGGUGCAAAGCCCCAGAAAUCAGGUAUUGGGGAAGGCACGCAGCCCCAGAAGCCAGGGUACACACCAGGGAAUGGCCAGGAGCUCCCACCAGGAUAUGGCAAUGGAAAUGGGCUGUCAACCCAGCCAGGUCCUUGUAGUGGGGGAGUCAUUCCACUGCUCCUCCCCAGGCCUCCCACUCCAGGAGUUCCUUCAGAUAAAGGGGGUGGCUGGAGCCAGGAAUCCCAGCCCACUCCCCUAGUGCAGAAUGGCAAGUUCCCAGGCUACCAGCCUCCCAGUGGCUCUGGACCAGGAGCAGAACAGGGCUUUGGUGGUGGUGACCUCCAGCUGCAGGAAGUUGGUUUUGGUUAUGGGAAUGAUGCUCUGGGCACUGGGGUCUCCCUGGAGGUCCCCCGAAAGCAAGGGUUCCCUGAGGCCAAAGACUUUAAGAAUAGUGAGUCAACCCAAGGGUCCCAGGGCUUGUCCGUGCAGAGGCGUGCCUGGCCACUGAUCUGA